CGAAGAAACGAAGAAUCACUCCUCGGUAUCGCACUCGUCCGCCGAAGGUCCAAUUCUCGAACACAUUUGAUAACGCAGGCGCGAGCUCCGUGUAGCAGACCAUGCCUGCUGCAGCUCUGAUCGAGGAUGUCACAAGAGCUGCUGCCACACUGAAGAGCUCGAGAGUACGACUGCACUUGGCUCGCUGACAGCAGUAGGUCCCCCCACAAACCCUCGAGACUUUGACGCAUAUCUUCAGGCCCUGUGCUUCGAUCCUUUCCUGCAACCGCGUUUCCGCCUCCGACUGCGUUUCGACGGUUCCAGGCGCCAAGUCGCUACGGAUCCGGACAGAGUGAGGAGCACGCGGCGACCACGUAGGGGCUCGAGAGGAAGUUCGAUAGGAUCCGGACGAGCGUCGGUUUGGAACUCGGGGAGCGCAAUUCGAAUUCGAAUUCGAAUCGCGGAAGAGCGCAGCGGACUGUCAGAUCCGGUUCGGAACCGACGAUCGUCGCGGGGGCCGAUGGAGUCGACACGCGCCUAGACUGGAGCCAGGACUGACCGACGCAGAGACGCGCACUCGCCCGAACGGAGGGACAAUGAGCGCCGGGUGGACCGUCUCGGGGUGGCGCGUGGUGCUGGCCGUGACGACGGUGGCCUUGUUCGCCUGCUGGCUGCUGGUGGACUGGAGAGGGCCGACGUUCCAAGUCCAGGCCUGGCUCAGCGCGUCGACGCGCGCACUGCGCGGGCAAGGGCAGGAGCGCGCGACGCCGUGGCAGUGCCACUUGGCGGCGCAGCGAACGUUCCAGCAGCGAGGCGCGCUUACGCUCCACGGCUGGUCCGACGACGAGCUCAUCGUUCGCGCCCUCCGAGCCGAGGACGCCAACGCGUCGCGCAACGCGACGGAGGAGGAGGAGGCCAGCUUGCGCUGCCGGCCGGCGGUCGUCGAGGAGCGCAAGAUCGCCUUCCUCUUCCUUACGGCCGCCGGGUUACCGCUUGCGCCGGUGUGGGAGAAAUUCUUCGACGGGAACCGCGAGCUUUACAACGUGUACGUGCACGGCAACCCGGACUGGCUCCGGGACAGGGGGCUGGGCGAGGGUAACAGCGCGGGGGUAUUUUGGGGUCGCGUCGUGCCGAGCGGAACGACGCACCGAGCCGAGCCCGACAUCGUGCAAGCGGAGCGCCGGCUUCUGGCCAACGCGCUCUACGACGACCCCAUGAACGAAUGGUUCGCCCUCGUCUCCGAGUCCUGCAUUCCCGUUCGCAGUUUCCGUCACAUUUACCGGGCGCUGAAUUCCACCGCCGGCAGCCGAAUCGACUGCGGCUACGGCGCGCCGGGAACGAUGAUGCGGAGCAGGUACACGGCGCGAGGGGAGUACGCGAUGCUGCCCGAGGUCCCGUUCGAGGACUUCCGACUCGGGUCGCAGUGGUUCAGCAUCCGCCGGCGGCACGCCGUGAUGGUGAUUCGCGACACCAAGUACUGGCCGAAAUUCCGGCUGCCCUGCCUCCGGCAUGGAGCUUGUGCGCCGGACGAGCAUUACGUUCAGACGGUAGUCGGCAACCUCGACGCGACGGCCUGCUUGGGGACCGCGACGUUCGUCAGCUGGAACGGGUCCAGAGGAGGACACCCACAAAGCUUCGACCCCGACGAGAGCACGGCGCAUCUGAUCGAAGCCGUGCAGGCGCAGCAGAAGAGACGGUUUCUUUUCGCCCGCAAGUUUCGCCCUGCCGCUUUGGGCGCUUUGCUAGCACUGACGGAUCGCCUCUUCGACGACUCGUGAGAAUUUUUUCCUCGUUCAGACUCGCAGCAUUCAUGAAUUUCGGCGCCACGUGCUCCCUAAACAGACGACUCGCCCAUUACUCAGGUCUUCCUUCGGAUCAGACACACCAUCUCCCUGUACAUUUAAAUCCCAAUUUUGUUACCGAGCACGGUUUGCCAGCUCCCUGAACUCAGAGGUCUGUGAAACGACAAAAAGUUCUCGACACAAAUUGAAGUGUGAUCAGAUCCUCUAUUUGCUUCUCGUAGCUCGUGAUUAGUUGUAGACCCAGAUCGCCUUUCAUGACUGCUCGAUAGACCAGUCCGAGACUUGCUUGCUUUCGCGAGGUAGAGUAGAAUACCACGUUACUGUGUACUGGGCGAAUUUGUCUCCAGCCAACCACCAAUAUAAAAGCUUCGGGAAAGAGAUCGCUAGCCGACUCCAAAUCAGCUGCUCGUUAGGUGAGGGAAGUGCAUCUGGGCCAAGCCAUAGAGAACAAGUCACUCGUCGUCAUGGAUGUCAUCACUGCGGAGGCGAAUGUACCGCCCCCGGCCAAGUCCGUCGAUCCAAAAAUGUAUCGUCAUCGAUUACAGAUUGUCGCUUUGGGCCUGCGUAUUCUUUCGAUAAUUCCAGCUCCGGUGCUGAGUCGAAUCAAAGUUUGGUGAGAGGGCUUCUCACUCUCACUCUCACCGCGUUUUUAUUCGACCCAGCACCUCUUUACGCUUGGGGGGCUCGGGCUGCCGUCUGCUUCAUAUGGGCCCUGAUAUCGAGCCCAUGCGCCACGCGUCGAAUCCGAUCAGGCGUACAAAGCGAAGUAACCACAAGGAAGGAACAUGCGGUGGAGCCUCGGAUGAAGCCAAAUCGGUAACCUGGACGAGGCAAAGGUUGUCCGAAUGAUUAAUUACAUGCAACGCGGGAAUCCCCUAACACAUUAACUAAACUAAUUGCUCUCUUGUCUAUACACCUCGCCAGUGUUUAAGUGCAGUAGUGAAAAUAUUUUGCGUAGCAUCCUUACUUUUUAGUACGAUAUGACGGACAUGUACAAGUUGGUGUAAUUAGCAGGGUAUAAUUCCAAAGAGGAAAGAAAUAAC